UAAACGCACCCCAUGUUUACAAUUGGUCACAUGCUCUGGUUAUUUUAAGGCAAUUUUUGGAGUAGUGCUUUUACAGCCUAAAUAAAUCAUGAAAUGGGGAUCUUAAUGGCUUUAAGGUUUUAACAAUCGAGCUGUUUAUGGAUGCUAUUUUAUAGGAAGAAGAAUCCAGCAACUGAGGAUAAGUGUUGAAGACUGCAGGAGAUUCUCUCUUGUUCUCGGUUGGUACUUUUCACAGUAAGCUCACUGACAGGGGAGAUGUCAAGUACAGCCAUGAAGAAAAAGGUGUUACUGAUGGGGAAAAGUGGUUCAGGAAAGACCAGCAUGAGAUCAAUCAUCUUCGCCAACUACAUUGCCAGAGACACUCGCCGACUGGGAGCCACAAUUGAUGUGGAGCACUCCCAUGUGCGCUUUCUGGGCAAUCUGGUGCUGAACCUGUGGGACUGUGGAGGGCAGGAUACCUUCAUGGAGAACUACUUCACCAGUCAGAGAGAUAAUAUCUUCCGCAACGUGGAGGUGCUGAUCUACGUGUUUGACGUGGAGAGCCGUGAGUUGGAGAAGGACAUGCAUUACUACCAGUCCUGCUUGGAAGCCAUCCUUCAGAAUUCACCUGAUGCUAAAGUCUUCUGCUUAGUGCACAAAAUGGACCUGGUUCAGGAAGAUCAGAGGGACCUGAUCUUUAAAGAACGUGAGGAAGACCUGAAGAGACUUUCACGCCCGCUGUUAUGUACCUGCUUUAGAACCUCCAUUUGGGAUGAGACACUCUAUAAGGCGUGGUCCAGCAUUGUCUACCAGCUAAUCCCAAAUGUACAGCAGCUUGAGUCCAAUUUGCGCAAUUUUGCCCAGAUCAUUGAAGCAGAUGAGGUCCUGCUUUUUGAAAGAGCCACCUUUCUGGUGAUCUCUCACUAUCAGUGCAAGGAACAGCGGGACGCUCACCGCUUUGAGAAGAUCAGCAACAUUAUUAAACAGUUUAAGUUGAGCUGCAGUAAAUUGGCUGCUUCCUUCCAGAGCAUGGAAGUGCGCAACUCCAACUUUGCUGCUUUCAUUGACGUGUUCACCUCCAACACCUACGUCAUGGUGAUCAUGUCCGACCCUUCCAUCCCCUCUGCUGCAACCCUCAUCAACAUUCGUAAUGCCAGGAAGCAUUUUGAGAAGCUGGAGAGGGUGGACGGCCCCAAGCACAGCUUGCACAUGCGCAUGCGUUAGACAUCUAAACCCUUUCCACGGAGGGCUUGCGUGCCAGGGAAAUGGAACCCUGGGGAAUUCCUCAUAUCUGCUGACUUCACUGCAUCCAGGGGGGUUUUCUAGAGACUCUCACCAUUUUUAGAUAAGAAACUUUUUUGUGGCACCUUUCCUUACAAGACUUGAACAUAAGGCUGUUUGGGAUUAAUGAAGAACUGGGAAUUAAUCAUGAAAAUCUUGGUAAAUGGGUGAGAUGUUAAGCCAUUAAAAUAAACACUUUAAGGAUGAUGCACAUUUAAAUAUCCCUUAAUCUAUGAUCAGUGCCAUAAAGUGAGCAAAGUUAUAUCGACUCGCACAAACAGUGGACGUAUCUAUCCUGUCAUCCCCUCCUCCCUCCUUUGAGUUCACUUGUGUUUCUUUAGCAUUAUAUAAAUGCUGCCUGUUCUGCAGCUUGAAACAGUCUGGUUUGUUCUGAAAAAGUUAUCAUUCUUGUUAAAAAGUGGUCACUGGCCACGUUUUAACAAGCAAAGUUCACAUCUCUCCUUUUCUAUACAGAUGUUUAUUUUCCCUAUUUAUUGGCAACAUAAAUAAAAGCAAAGCAAAUAAAAGCAAAGAAUAUUCCUUUUCAA